GUGAAAGUAAAAUUGUGUUCGCCAUUUGAUACCCGAGAAUAACACGAUUAUGUACACGAGGAAAACUGAGCUUCAAAGUGUUUGCUAGUAAUGAUUAUAGUCAAUUAAGCAGGAAUUUUUGUGUACUUGAUGGAAAACGUUGAAGAUUUUUAGAACUUGUAAUCUAGUAACAUUUCGAUCAAGAUCAGGUGUCACUAUCACUAUCUCUGACUCAUUAAAUUCACCGGCAGCUUCAUGAAGACUGAAUGAUUCAUGGACAACACACAAACAUUCAGAGAUGGAGAUUUCUCUCCAGGAUGCAGGGACACCAGUGAAUUGUUUUUCAACUCUUCAAGAGUCUGUUUUCAACUCCAUAUGAAGAGAUCAGACUCACCGGAGCUCAGCUGUGUGUCCAUGAAGAGUGACCAGUCUAUGCAUAAGCCAAUAUAUUUUAAGGAUGAACACAGAUCAUCUGGUCUGAGUCAACUCCAUAUGAAGAGAUCAGACUCACCGGAGCUCAGCUGUGUGUCCAUGAAGAGUGACCAGUCUAUGCAUAAGCCAAUAUAUUUUAAGGAUGAACACAGAUCAUCUGGUCUGAGUCAACUCCAUAUGAAGACAUCAGACUCAAAGGAGCUCAGCUGUGUGUCCAUGAAGAGUGACGCCUCUAUGGAUAAGCCAAUAUAUUUUAAGGGUGAAGACACAUCAACUGGUCUGAGUCAACUCCAUAUAUCAGACUCACCGGAGUCCAGCUGUGUGUCCAUGAAGAGUUACCGGUCUAUGGAUGAGCCAAUUGAAUUAAAGGGUGAACACACAUCAACUGGAGUGAGUCACUCACAACAUGUUGAAGUCCAAAACACAUUCAAAUUCAAUCUGCUGAAGAAGUUUCAGUGUUUGUGUGAGGGAACAGCAAAGCAGGGAAACCAAACACUCCUGAAUGAGAUCUACACAGAGCUCUACAUCACAGAGAGUGAAAGAGGAGAGAUCAAUAAUGAACAUGAGGUGAGACAGAUUGAGACACAGUCCAGAAGAGCAGCAACAGAGGACACACCAAUCAAAUGCAAUGACAUCUUCAAACCUUUACCUGGACAAGACAAACCCAUCAGAACUGUGCUGACUAAAGGAGUUGCUGGAAUUGGAAAAACAGUCUCUGUGCAGAAGUUCAUUGUGGACUGGGCUGAAGGGAAAGCCAAUCAGGACAUCCACGUCAUAUUUCCACUUCCUUUCAGAGAACUCAAUUUGAUAAAGGACAAAAAACUAAGUCUUUCAGAUCUUCUUCGGGUUUUCUUCAGUGAAACAAAAGAAAUGGAAAUAUCCAGAGAGGAAUAUAAAGUUUUCUUCAUCUUUGAUGGUUUGGAUGAGUGCCGUCUGUCUCUGGAUUUUCAGAGCAAUGUGAGAUUGUGUGACGUCACUGAAUCAGCCUCAGUGGAUGUGCUGUUGACAAACCUCAUCAAGGGGAAUCUGCUUCCCUCUUCUCUCAUCUGGAUCACCUCCAGACCAGCAGCAGCUGAUCUCAUCCCCACUGAGUGUGUUGAUCGAGUGACAGAGGUACGAGGCUUCAAUGACCCACAGAAGGAGGAAUACUUCACGAAGAGAAUCAGAGAUCAGAGUCUGGCCAAUAGAAUCAUCACACACCUGAAGUCAUCAAGAAGCCUCUUCAUCAUGUGUCACAUCCCAGUGUUCUGCUGGAUUUCAGCCACUGUUCUAGAGACAAUGUUGAGUGAAGCAGAUAGAGGAGAGAUCCCCAAGACACUCACUCAAAUGUACACACACUUCCUGAUCAUUCAGACAAACAUCAAACAUGAGAAGGACUAUGAGAAGAAAAGUAAAAACAGCGACAUGAUCCUCAAACUGGGGCAACUGGCUUUUGAGCAGCUUAUGAAAGGCAAUCUGAUCUUCUAUGAGGAAGACUUGAGAGAGUGUGACAUUGAUGUGACAGAAGCAUCAGUGUACUCAGGAUUGUGCACUCAGAUCUUCAGAGAGGAGUUUGGGUUGUAUCAGGGGAAAGUGUUCUGCUUUGUUCAUCUGAGCAUUCAGGAACAUCUGGCAGCUCUAUAUGUGCAGCUCUCCUUUACAAACAACAACAUAAAUGUGUUUGAACAAAUCACCAAACAAAGACUAUUCUCCAAAUUUUUAAAGUUGAUGAAUCCAAAUUCGUCAAAACAGGUUUCUAUGUUUGACCUGCAUCAGACUGCUGUGAAUGAGACUUUACAGAGUAAGAAUGGACAUCUGGAUCUCUUCCUUCGUUUCUUUCUGGGUCUCUCACUGGAGUCUAAUCACACUCUCUUACAAGACCUACUGACACAGACAGGAAGCUGCUCCUACAACAAAGAGGAAACAGUGAAAUACAUCAAGCAGAAGAUCAGAAAGAAUCGCUCUCCAGAUAAAUCCAUCAAUCUGUUUCACUGUCUGAAUGAACUGGGUGAUGAUUCACUUGUGACGGAGAUCCAAUUUUACCUGACAUCUGGAGAAAUAAGAGAGACAAGACUCUCCUCUUCACAGUGGUCAGCUGUAGUGUUUGUGUUGCUGACCUCAGAGCAGAAGAUGGAUGUGUUUGAUCUGACACAGUUUAUAGGAGCACAUAAUAAAGCAGAUGAAGUUCUUCGGAAUCUGCUGCCUGUGAUUAAAGAAUCCAGAUCAGUUCAGUUGAGUUAUUGUGAUGUCACAGAUGAAGGUUGUGCUGCUCUGACUUCAGCUCUGAGAUCAAACCCCUCACACCUGAAAGAACUGAAUCUUUCUGGGAAUAAACUAAGAGAUUCAGGAGUGAAGCUGCUCUCUGAUGUACUGAAGAAUCCUGACUGUAAACUGGAGAUACUGAGGUUGAGUGAUUGUGAUGUCACAGAUGAAGGUUGUACUGCUCUGACUUCAGCUCUGAGAUCAAACCCCUCACACCUGAAAGAACUGAAUCUGUCUGAUAAUAAUCUUAGAGAUUCAGGAGUGAAGCUGCUCUCUGAUAUACUGAAGAAUCGUGACUGUAAACUGGAGAUACUGAGGUUUAGUCGUUGUGAUGUCACAGAUGAAGGUUGUGCUGCUCUGACUUCAGCUCUGAGAUCAAACCCCUCACACCUGAGAAAACUGGAUCUGUCAUGGAAUAAUCUUAGAGAUUUAGGAAUGAAGUUGCUCUCUGAUAUACUGAAGAAUCCUGACUGUAAACUGGAGAAACUGUGGUUGAGUUGUUGUGAUGUCACAGAUGAAGGUUGUGCUACUCUGACAUCAGCUCUGAGAUCAAACCCCUCACACCUGAAAGAACUGAAUCUGUCUGAUAAUAAUCUUAGAUAUUCAGGAGUGAAGCUGCUCUCUGAUCUAAAAGAUGAUCCGCAUUAUAAACUGGAGAUACUGCGGAUUUAGAUGGACAUCCCUUUGAGAACUGAUUGUGAACAGUAAUGAUUGUGAAGAAAACAAAUCACAGUCAACAGAAUCAACAGAGACAAACUGACCUGACACACAGAUGUGUGUAACUUUACAUAACUAUUCAAUACACCUGCUGAAGUGACAGUGAAACAAUUAAACCUUUUGUUUCUUCCACAAGUGACUUUUAUGGGUCAAAGACAAAUAAAGAUGUCUACAUUAUAAAAUGGGAAAAUCUUUUAAAACUUCAGUUUAAAAUACAUGUAUCAAAUUUGUAUAAAUGUAAUCUUUGUAUUCAUAUUCGUUUUUAAUAAUACUUUGACCAUUUUUUAAAUAACAAUAAAAGAUUAAAACUUUUAU